GGCGCUCCCCCGGCCAUGGAGGAGCUGCUGCGCCGCUCGGUGCCGCCGCUGCCGCCCUACGAGACCAAGGAGAAGGCGCCGCCGCCCGCCGAGCUGCGCGGCGCGGAGUUUGUGCGCUUCUACCGCGCACUGCAGCCCGGGCCACCCCGCGCCGAGCUCCUGACCCGCCUGGCCCGCGACUUCGGCGUGGAGCACGGGCGGGUGGCCGAGGCCGCCGCCAAGGUGCUGCAGGCCCGCGAGCAGCGCAGGGAGCCCGGGGCGCUGCUGCAGGCCGAGGACCGGCUCCGCUACUACCUGAACCCCCAGUACCGAGGGCUCUUCCAGCAGCUGGGCCGUCUGGAGGGCGGUCUGCGCUUCCUCGUGGAGCUCAGGGCCGACCUGAUGGAGGGGCUGGCGAGCAAGGCCGUGGAUGGGCCCCACGUCAAGGAAAUGAAUGGAGUUCUCAAGAACAUGCUCUCAGAGUGGUUCUGCACAGGAUUCCUCAACCUGGAGCGGGUCACAUGGCAGUCACCCUGUGAAGUGCUCCAGAAAAUUAGUGAUUCUGAAGCUGUGCACCCUGUGAGGAACUGGGUUGAUAUGAAGAGGCGAGUUGGGGCCUACAGGAGGUGCUACUUCUUCUCUCACUGUGCCAUCCCAGGAGAGCCCCUGAUUGUCCUGCACGUGGCACUCACCAGUGACAUCUCCAGCAGCAUCCAGGCCAUAGUGAAAGAAGUGCCACCUCCAGAGACAGAAGAUCCAGACAAAAUCACAACAGCAAUUUUCUACUCCAUCAGUUUGACUCAGCAGGGCCUGCAGGGGGUGGAACUUGGCACUCACCUCAUCAAAAGAGUUGUCAAGGAGCUGCAGAAAGAACUUCCUCAGAUAGAAGCUUUUUCCACGCUUUCCCCUAUCCCAGGAUUCACAAAAUGGCUCGUUGGUCUCCUCUCCUCCCAGACAAAAGAGCAGGGAAGGAAUGAACUUUUUACAGAAUCUGAGUGGCAGGAAAUCUCCGAGCUCACAGGAGACCCCACCAGUAACACACUGAAGAAACUGCUGAACACCAACGAGUGGGUGAGGUCAGAGAAGCUGACCCAGGUGCUGCACUCCCCCCUGAUGAGGCUCUGUGCCUGGUACCUGUAUGGGGAGAAGCACAGGGGCUAUGCCCUCAACCCCGUGGCCAAUUUCCACCUGCAGAACGGCUCGGUGCUCUGGAGGAUCAACUGGAUGGGGGACAGCAGCCCCAGGGGCAUCGGCGCCUCCUGUGGCAUGAUGGUCAACUACAGGUAUUUCCUGGAGGAGACAGCCGCCAACAGCGCCCUCUACCUGGCCUCCAAGCAGGUCAGGGCCUCCGAGCAGGUGCUGGCUUUGGUGGCCCAGUUCCAGCAGAACAGCAAGCUCUAGGGGCACAUCAUCAUCAUCAUCAUCAUCAUCAUCAUCAUCAUCAUCAUCACAGUGCGUGGUGCUGACCGCAAAGAGCUGUGCUCACCUGCACUGUCUUAUUUC